CGUCACGACGACUCGCGCGAUACUCUCUGUCGUCUGUGACUUCCGGCCUUUCUGUCAGUCACGGACAGGGCCAGCUAUGCCACUGAAGUCUCGUAUUUCACGAUACUGUAAUUCACGUAGAAUUUCACAUAUUCGCCCGCCAUAGCUGUUCUCGCAUCUUACGGCCCUUGCUGUGACUCUAUCGCCUAGCUGUUGGGUAUCAAGACAUUCGCUCAGCAUACUACCUGAUUUGGGUUCCUUAUGCUGGUGAUUUUUUAGUCAACUCAAAAUCGCCGCCAACCCAGCUGUUCCUCCACGGAGUUCGUUCCCCGUGUCUUCACUUCCCUUACCCGGCUCGCGCAGGCGUCUUACCGCCCAAGCGCCUGCGGUGCGUUCCUGCCGCCUAGCGGCUGAAGCAUUUGCUUCCGUGAGAAAGGGAAAUUCCUUUGCAGGGUACUUUAUUUACAGGGAAAUUCUUUGACCGUGAAAUCGCUUGUCAGCAUGGGGGGUCUCUUACCAGGGGAACGUUGUUAGAGCGCAAUAAGAGCAUCACCAGGUGUAUUUUGAGUCGACUCAAAAUACACCUGAACGUUGUUAGAGCGCAAUAAGAGCAUCACCGUCUUGAACCGCCAAGUAACAGGGCGAAACGGCUUCCAGCGGCGACUAGUGAGAGUUUCAGAGAGAGUUUUCACCACCUAUCAACUCCUCUCACCACCUCUCACUUCGUCUCACUGCCUUGCACCGCUCUCCACCUGGUGAUGAAGUCUCGGAUUGAGUGGCGCAUGAAGUCGCCGUCAGAGAGAGCACCGGUUUCGGAUGGACAAGCCGCAGCAUGGCGGGUGCUGACGUGGCGACAUAAGGAGGUGUACCAGACGUUUUGGAAGUACGGCAAGCACGCGAUUGGCCCGUUGCAAGCCGUGCUGGACCGGAUCGGCCUGAAGAUCACCACCCACAGAGCCAUUCAACCAAAAAUGAAAUUUGACGAAUACCCGGCCAACAUUCACCGUGCUGUCAAGCGACUCAAGGAGUACCGCCAGAGCAUGCCGCCCAGGCGGAACAAGGCGGGCGGCAGCGGAGCUCCGGCUACUGUGCCGCCGAGGAGGAUGCAGGGCAAGUGGCCGCGGCGGUUCAAAGAGAUAUGUGUCUUCCUGCAUGCAGCCAGUGUGCCGUGCCCCACUGACUGGACGCAUCAGGUGCAGACUGCAGCAGCAGCUGCUGCUGCUGCUGCUGUUGGCGGGUGUAUGAAUGAGCGGACGUUUAAGGGCGUGACGAGGGCUCAAGCUACUGCUGCUCCUGGGUUGAGCGUGCUCCGCGUUUCCAGUGGCGGGGGGUUGAAGAUUUCUGCCACUUCAACCAUCCCACAGCAGCGGGCUGGUCGCAAUAAUCGUCCUCCUGCCGCUCGUCCUGCUGCCGCCACUGCUCAUGAUGCUGCUGCCGCUGCCGCUGCUGCUUCCGCUGCUAAUGCUGCUGCUGCCGCUGCCGCUGCUGCUUCCGCUGCUAAUGCUGCUGCUGCCGCUGCUGCUGCUGCCUCCAAAGCUCCUGCAGCCGCUCCCACUGCACGCUCCCCCAGUCAAGGGCCGCGUGGCUGGAAGAGGAAGGCAGAGGGUGCGAGAGAGGAGGCAGGGGGGGACAGGAGAAGGGGAGGGAGCGAGGAGGAAGAGCAAGGGGAGGCAGGCCUGGGUGGGAAAAGCCAUGAGGGAGAGGGAGAAGAUGUUGGUGCGGAUAGCGGUUGUGGGAGAGAGAGGGUCGGGAAGGGGAGAGCGGGGGGCGGGAAAGGGAAAGAGGUGGGCGGGAGAGGGAAGGAGGGGGGUGGGAGAGGGAAGGAGGGGGGUGGGAGAGGGAAGGAGGGGGGUCGGAAAGGGAAAGAGGGGGGUGGGAAAGGGAAUGAGGGGGGUGCGAAAGGAAAAGACGAGAGCAGGAAAGCGAAAGAGGGGGGCGGGAAAGCGAACGAGGGGGACGGGAAAGCGAACAAGGGCGGCGCAAAAGGGAAAGACGGUGGCGAGGAGAGCAAGUUGGGGCCGUGGUACUGCAAGACGAAGGCAGAGAGGAAGACGAGGACGACGGUGAAUCUGGCAGUGAAGGCAACAAAGGAGAAGCUGUGCGAAAUAGGGGAGCGCGCAGAGGAGGCGGAUAGGCAGAUGGUGGAGGCGAGGAGGGUGCUGGUGGAGAAGUACUGGGGGAUUCUCAAAGCAGAGCUGAAGAAGGGCGAGCAGGAGGAGAGGUGCGUGCUGGCUGAGGUCGCUGCCAGGGGCGAGGCUAGGCUGGCCCGCAGAGUGGCAUAUCUCAAUCGGUUGAUGGAUGAUCGGGAGUGAUGCACUUGUGAGAGGCUGUGUGCGGUGGGAGAGUGGGCAGCGGAUGCGGAAAAGUGGUUGGUGGAGGGCAAGAGGGCGCUGGUUCGAAAGUACUGGGGGACCGAGUUAGGAGAGCAGACGACACGCAUGUGGAGCGGGGGAGGAAGAGGAGAUUUGUCAAACAGGCUGAGGAGCCUCCUCAAAGUCUGAGAGUAUGCAAAAGGCAAGGGAAGAGAGGCACAGUAUUGGGACAUUGGUGGGUAUAGGGAGCAGCAAAAUGUGGUGAACGAUGAGGGGGGCGGGGGAGACUGCUGUCAUCAUGACACCAACACAGCUUGGCGCGUAUUGUAUCAGCAUAGCACAUGCAUGUUUUGGCCUGCUGCUGUUAAAACCACAGGCUAGAAUAGCAAAGGGGGGGAGCACUUGAAAGUUGGGUUCUUAUUGCGGUCAGAGGAAAGGAUCCGACUUCCACUGGUACACUUUCCCAGGCUCGAAAAAACAAAUGCUGGGAACUUGCAGCCCACACUAUUUCGCUGACGAUACAAAACGGACCGUACCCCCAAUAAGGAACACGACGCGGCGAGUCUGAGGGUCGCAUUGCUAAGACGGUGUCCGAAGUAGCACAGAUGGGACGUCACCGAUGUUAAAAGAGGGUUACCACAACUGCACACGCUACAAUUCCGAUUUCCGGUGGCCGAAGUAGGGCUCCUGAAACCCAAUAGUCC